UAAUAGACAAUACUCUCACUCGCUGACUCAGUCACAAAGUCAGAGAGAGCAGUAGAGGGCUUUAAUAUCUUAUAGUAAUCAGAUGUAUGCUUUAUCGCUUGGAGUCUAUCUGCAGCCUUAACUGUGUCGGAGGAAAGCCUUGACAGCAUGAGCAUGUCCGGCCUCCUCACCCUCAGCAACCUGGGCAGGAUCUGCGGCUCCAGCCACAGCAAUGAAAUGGUAGUUUUGGACCGGGUCAAGAGGAAAAACUCAGUCAGGCGAAUGUCAAUUAUUGAAGAUGGUGAAAUUGCAGAGGUUCUUUACCUUAUUCCUAAACAGUCCAUGAUGGAGCAGCUGCCUUUCCUCAACCCCAACGACUACCUCCUGUGUGAGAAGUUGGACGGUAUUCCUACAGAGAUGUCUGUGCUACAUGCUCAGGAUGGCUGCCACCCAUGCUCUCCACGGGGGAAGCGGGUCAUCCAGUGCUUCAGGUGUGGGGAGCCAUGCAAGGGAGAGGUGCUGCGAGUCCAGACCAGCUACUUCCACAUUAAGUGCUUUACCUGCAAGGUGUGUGGCUGUGACCUGGCUCAUAGUGGCUUCUUCCUGAAGAACAGCGACUACCUCUGCCCGCUGGACUUCCAGAGGCUUCAUGGCACGCUCUGCAACAACUGUGGCGAAUUUGUGGAGGGACAGGUGGUCACAGUUUUGGGGAAGACUUACCAUCCAGCCUGCUUUGUGUGCACCUUUUGCAAACAGCCCUUUCCUGCAGGGGAUUGUGUCACCUUCAGCGGAAAGGACUGCCUCUGUCAGCGCUGUAUCCAACCCGCGUCUCUUGCUCCUAACGGCAUCAGCUCUUCCAGUAACUGUUCUGGUUGUGGUAGAGACAUCAAGAACGGUCAGGCUCUGUUAGCCCUGGACAGCAAGUGGCACCUUGGCUGCUUCAAGUGUAAAACGUGCAGGAGAGUGCUGAGUGGAGAAUACAUCAGCAAGGAUGGGGUGCCCUAUUGUGAGAGAGACUAUCAGAUUCAGUUUGGGGUACAAUGUGAAGAAUGUCAGAAGUUUAUAACUGGAAAGGUCCUAGAGGCAGGGGAGAAACAUUAUCACCCCAGGUGUGCAAGAUGCAGCCGAUGUAACAAAAUGUUCACAGAAGGUGAAGAAAUGUACCUGCAAGGAUCAACAGUUUGGCACCCAGACUGCAGAGACAGCAACAGAACUGAGGACAGUUACAACGUUAGCAGACCAAAAACACCUUGUCUUGACUUCUUUUUCCCCAGACAUAAACUGAAGCCCACUAGAUCCUCAUCCGAAAGCUCCUGUUCCAGGCCGGGCUCAUGCACUCCGGGGAGUCCGGGUCGAGCGAUCUGUGCAAAACUAGAUAAUGAGAUCAUUGAUUACCGACACUUAGCAGCCAUUCCCAGAGUCAAGGCUAUAUAUGAUAUAGAGCAUCCUGAAAUGAUAUCUUAUAAGUCUGGGAACAACUCAUCUACUUUGGACAACAAAGGCUACAGACAUGAAAAGCAAAGUCCUUCAGAGCCACCAGGAAACCAAAAUAAAACCCCAGAGGAGAGUUUUGAGGUCAGAAAAUGCAUACCAACAUCUCCAAGCCACAGAUCUUUUGGAGUCCAUGCAACACACAAUCGUCACAGCUACACUCCAUCUCUGUCCAGAUCACCCCAGCACUUCCACCGGCCAGGAUUGAUGCUUUCUCCCUCUUUGUUCUCUGGCAACAAUGACACAUGCCCCACUUCCCCUUUAUGUCACCACUUUCUCCCUCCCACCAAAGAUGAAGGCUUCAACAUGUACAGGAGGCCUCCAAUUUAUAAACAGCAAGAUCCAAAUUCCUUCACAUCCCAAACGCCCUCUCUGCCUGGUUAUGGUCGCAGUGGCCUCAAUCCGCCACGUUCAGCUGAUUUCUCCCAUUACAGCAGUGACAGAUCCACAGACUUUAAGCUCAUCCAUGACGGUCAACAUCCAUUAGCACCAAUGGAAAGAGGAGUGUCUAUGCCUAACUUGUCGGAACCAAAAGUCUACCCGUAUGAACUGCUUGCAGUUAGUAGUAGAGGGCGAGUGAAGCUUCCCAUGGAUGUUGACAGAACAAGACUGGAGCGACACCUAUCCCCGGACUCAUUCUUUGAGAUCUUUGGCAUGGAUAGUCAAGCAUUCAACUUACUUCCACUGUGGAAACGUAAUGACAUGAAGAAGAGGGCAAAUCUCUUCUGAAUGCUGCCUAUUGCACUCCUUGUUGAUAUGCAGUACACUUCAAGUUCUGAUGACCCCUUAUGUUUAUUUCUCUGCAUUCGACACAAAAAUUAGAUGUUUUUCUGCCUAAGGACUGGACACAAUAGUGUGUUUCCCAGUCAGUUUAUGUAGGCUAUUGUAAUAAAUAAUGUUGAAGUGUGUAAUACCUCAAAAAAGUUAUGAACAGGAGUUUUGUUGUCAUCUUUGAGACCAGACUGUUUCAAACCGACAAUUGACGUUGACUUUUGUGACAUUUACCAAUGCAGAAAAUCUUUGCGUUAGUUAAACCUAACCUUGAAUUUCUCUAAAAUUUCUCAUAUACCAUUCAUUUAAUAUUUUAUUACAUACAUAUUAUUAUAAGAUAUUUCUUGAAUAUCUGCACAUGGGAACUACAAGAUGGAUCAGGAUAGGCACAUUAAGGAUCAUGUGUCAAAAUGUAGUUUAACGCAAUAGAAAAAUUUAUUUUUCCACUUGCCUUCUGAAAAUUAAGGAAUUAAUGAUUUUGGAACACAUUUUGAGAGUGGUUAUGGUAUUUAAUGUGUUUGAAGUCAGAUACAUUGAUUCCUAAAAUGGUUGUGAAGCUAGUUAAAGUAAGAUUGUCCUAAUUAAAAGCCUUUGCCGAUCAUUACUAUUACCCUUUUUGAAUAAUAUGUCAUGAUACCUGAUGUAUGGUGCAGUGAUUGGGUAAAUGAAAUGUACUGUUAUCAACCCGUCAUUCUGAUACAAUAUAUGGAACGUCUCCCUCAAUGUUGUCAUUGUUACUUGUGUAUUAUAUUUUUGUUAUUCAGUUGAUUCUCACUUUGUUGUCUUAUGGUUACACAAAUGUUUAAGCACAAAAACUGAAAAAGCAAGAUUUUUAUUUCACUCAAUGGUCACUGAAAUGUGUUUAUUUAUACCAUAGGAAUAUUUAAGAUGAUUUGACACUUUUGACCGUUUUUGUUUUGUUUCCCUCUAACUUAUCAUUGUUAUAUUCAGACUGCUGUCCAGGCACACCACCUCAAUCACCCCUGAAUAAAAUAUUGUACUUCUUACAAGUUAAAUAAAUGAAUGGGUCUUCAUUCACAGAAUUAAUGCUGUUGUGGAUAUAUGAUGGGGUGUUGGUUUUAAUGAGCGUCAUUUCAGUAUUUUUUUACUGCAUCUCCCUGGAGAAUAACAGUCUGGAUCAACUUGGAGGGAAAAAAAGAGAGACUUCAAUGAAUCUGUACAGAAUGUGUUUCUUUGUCAUGCACAUUAGUAAGAAGCAGUGACAAAUACAUUGUUAGAAAUAUUAUCUUGACUAUAAAGUAGCUGAAGUUCUAAUUACUACCCCACUUUCCUACCUAAGAGACAGAAGGCUCAGUUAAGAUAAACUGCAUCACGGAAAAACUCAAGCAAAGGACAACCAAAGUACAACAGUGUUUCCACACUCACAUGUGAUAAGAUAAGACACCUAUUGUUUAGAAAUGAAGUUAGUUAGUCGAUUUUCUAGUGUGACUCUACGAGGUUAGUUUUGAUAAGACAGGGUGUGUACCAGUACGCUGCAAAGCAUGACAACAUUUUGAUAACAUCAAAACAUAUAUUUUGACUCAUAAAACCAGCCACAUGGCGGAAGAAUUACAAACUUGAUGACUUAACUUCCCUUGCUAUCUAUCACUCAUACGUUCCUAUUUAGUUUGGCUUGGAUAUUUUUGUUAAAAGUGUUUUUUUCCUUUCUUUUUCCAUCUCUCAACGUUGGACCUAGCCAUUGGAAAUGUAAGACCAACAGAUGGUGCUCUGGAGCCUGGAAAGAUUGCCUUCCAUGUUUGAACUGAACAUUUGCCUGCCUUUGUUUAAGCUUGUAUUUGAUCCAUAUAUUUGAGACAUUUUUUUUCUUUACUUCCAUCUAUCAAAAUGUCAUGCAGUAGUAGGCCUAGUAGCAGUAGUGUAAAAAUAGCCUCCAUCACAGUCCCUCUUUGUAACUUAAGACAUCAGCUUCAAUAACCUGACAGAUGGGAUUUAUGUAAGCAAAUCCUAUCAUCAUAACGUUUAUUGCAUUCAUGCUCAGCUUCUAUUAAUUUCCUAACCCUAAUCCCAACUCAUCUGUAGCUAUCAAAUCUAUUAAAUGUAUCAAUCCUAUUAAAGUGUUAUUUCCGAGA